UGUAACACCGCUUCGAUGGCUGUCUUUUGCAAAAAUCCAAGGCUCUAAAAAGAAUUUGUGAUAUGGCUGGUAAUAAUACCGAAGAAGUUGAGGGGACUACUACUGAUAGUAAGACUAACACCCCUGCCGAGCUCCCACCAGAAUUCCUCAUCAAGCAUCCACUUCAAAAUACGUGGAGCCUGUGGUUUUACGAUAAUGACAGAACUAAGACAUGGGAGGAGAACUUGCUUGAACUGACUACAUUUGAUACGGUGGAAGAUUUUUGGAGAUUGUACCACCAUAUCAAACUACCCUCUGAACUACGUCAGGGUCAUGACUAUGCAGUGUUCAAGCAGGGCAUUCGGCCCAUGUGGGAAGAUGACGCCAACAAAAUGGGUGGCAGAUGGCUUAUCAGUCUUGAGAAAAAGCAGCGUAACUCAGAUUUAGACCGAUUUUGGUUGGAAGUGAUACUUCUAUUAAUAGGUGAAAAUUUUGACCACUCUGAUGAAAUUUGUGGUGCGGUUGUGAAUAUAAGACCUAAGUUUGAUAAAAUUGGUGUAUGGACGGCAGAUACAUCAAAGCAACAAGCCAAUCUUGAAAUUGGUAGGAAAAUAAAAGAGCAGCUUGGCAUCCAUGGAAAAAUAGGUUUCCAGCUACACAGAGAUACUAUGGUCAAACAUAGUUCUGCUACCAAGAAUCUAUAUACUGUUUAGAUUAUUAAAAUUGUGUCUAGAAUAUGCAACAAUGGUCCAGAGAUGAUAUUAAAAUUAAGCAUGUUUUAAUGUAAUUAUUUUUAUAUGUACUUUUGCAGACAAUUACAUGUAAAUAUGCUAGAGGUCACAAAUUUUCAAAAACAAAUAGUCAAACAUUGAAGACUAUUGCAUCUAGUUUGUCUAGAAUUGCAAAUGUCUAUGAGAGCUGACAUCUUCCACUCAUUUGCCCCCUCUUAAAAUAAAUAAACAAAAUUGAAAUACAGGUUUAUAGUUGAAGUAUUAUAUACUUCACUGUGGCAGGCCCAAAUAUUGUUGUGUGCAAAACAAUCUAGUUGUGAAGUAAUUUAUUUCAAUCAUUGGAAUAAAUGCAUGUAAAAAAAAGAACACCAGUGGCUCAGGGUAUAAGCACUUGACUUGUAAUCUACAGGUCCUGGGAUUGAAUCCUGCCAUGUACCAAUGUCAUUUUCUUUCUUCGAAUUUCAUAUGUACAUAAUUUACACGAUCUUCCGAUGAAGGAAAACAUGAUGCAAACUGCACAUAUUACUGAAGAAAUACAAAGAUAUGUGAAUAGUUAAUCAACCCUAAGUGGGCAAGCAUUGUUUAGCUAUGGCCUUAUCACCCCUAACUUAGGAUAGGCUGGAACAACUCAAACAUUUUGUCUGAAAAGACAUUAAAAGAAAAUAACUUCCUUAAUAUGCCAACAGCAUAGAGGUACUAUGAGAUUUGAUAUUAAGGAUAUUUAUAAAUGAAAUAAUUUGAUUAAGUAUUUGUCUGCAGAAGUGUAAUUAUCAUCUCUGGCUGUUGGUGCUUUGAGAUAUGUUUUAUUUAACAGAAGUAGUAUUUAUGUUGUCACUCACGUCUGCCUCGUAACGAGAGCUUGGUUCAACCAGCAGUUAUUGAUUAACAAAAAGUCUGAUGUUUGUACUAAAGCUGUGCUCGGUUAUGUUUAAAUGGUCACCUAGUUAUAAGUCUGUAUUUACUACUUAUUAAGUAUCCGGUGAUUCAGGAAGUUGACUUCGGAAUUUUCUUUUUUUUUAACAUUUUAACACUUUCGUUUAUUUAAUUUGUCACGCUUUAGUAUCCCUGUACGAUGGUAUAUGUCUCGCUAGUGUAACAACUCAUUGUUUGAAAUUGAUGUUUGCGCAUUAUGUUAAAGAAUGUUUUGGUAUUUUGUAUAAAAAGUACUAAAAUAAA